UUCGUCUCUUUGUCCCGUCUUUUUUACGCUGUUUUUAAUAUGAACGUCCAGUACCAACUUGGCCAGCGGACCAAGCUUUUACGAUAGUUUUCUAUGUAUUGUUUUGCGUGUAGGUGGUUUCAGAUCAGUGAGCAUCUUGACCGCCAUUUAAAGAUAUAUACAACAUUAUUACCGUGUUGCUUUGCCUUAUUAGUGAAAGAAAUUUGCAAUUUCUAGCGGUGAUGAUGAUGCGUGUGAACACGGGAUUCCCACGUCGUUGGUGUGUUGCGCUGAUCGUGCCGAGGGUGUCGGCGUUGCGAUGUCGAAGCGGCGGGGAAAGAUGGGACGUCUAAAGCCGAUCUAAGCGUAGGGGAAGAAGACGUUCAAGACGAUUGGAAUCCGAAGGAGCCUGAAAUGACGCAGCAAAUAUUGGCAGUGGUAGGGUAAGAGACAAACCACUCUCCGCUUUCGUUUCUUCCCCUACGCUUAGGUCGUUGCAGCAGCUGUGGUUUUCAACAGUUACAAAUUAUGUAGGACGCCCAUCGCAUCGGCAUGAUGGAGCUACGGAGCACGAUGCAGCACAAAGAGAUUCCCUCGACGCCUACCCCCAAAACGAGCACAGCGAAAUCGGCCGCAGAGCGAAUGAAGGAGUACCGCCAACGAAAGAGGGUUCCCAAAACCAGCGUUGCGAAAUCGGCCGCGCAGCGAAUGAGAGAGUACCGUGAACGAAAGAGGGUUCUUAACGUUCCCAAAGCCACCGUAGCGAAAUCGGCCGCCGAGCGAUCGAGGGAAUACCGCCGACGGAAGAAGCAAGCAAAGGAGUUGUCGUCGCCAGCGAAGCAGACGAAAUCGAGCGCGCAGGUGAACAAGGAGUACCGCGUUCGCAAGAAGUUGUUGGAGUCGACGGCCAGUACGUCUCAACCGAAACAGAGCAGGUCGACGACAGAGGUGAACAGAGAGGACCGGGAGUGCAAGAAAUUACUCCGUAUGGCGAUUUUGUCAGAUCAGCCGUCUCACGCAGCUGCCCAUCCGGACUAUGCGCCUAACCUCCUGAACGAACCUGCCCCCGACUUGCGAGUUCUGAUGUGCAUCCGGAAGGCAUUGCAGAGGGAACCACCAAAGGCAAUCGGUACCAGCGAUACCCAGCCCUCCGCAGCUCUGCAGCCCUACGACAGUGGGAUCCAAGGUUCAAGCAGUGAAAUGGAGGCUGCUGGCCGAGAGAACUUGUCUUCCCUGUCUUCCGUCCACAAGUUGGCAAGAAAAGUCGAAAAAGACCAAGCAGAGGUAGUGAAAGCAGCUGCCAGCCAGACCCAACCCUCCGCAGCUCUACAGCCACACAACUGUAAAGCCCAAGGUUCGAGUAACGAAACGGAAGCUGCCAGCCAGGACAGCUCGUCUUCCCUCAACGAGUUGGCGAGGCGACUCAAAGAGGACCAGACAGAGGAAGUGGAAGCAGGUGCCGAGGACGCCGAUCAGCCGACAAAAGAAAACCCUUCAGCAGAGCCGCAGGUUUCGCCCGAAACCCUUCGCCACGUCAAAGACAACCUUCAAAGGCACCUGCUCAAGCUUAAAAAGAAACGAAAAAAACAGUGACCUUUUAAUUAUGUACAGAUGUUCUCAUCCUCAAGCUGCAGAGAAUGCACCUCGAGUUAGAUUCAUUUCAAAUACCAUCCUAAUGCAUGUUUAUGCCAAUUUUUAUUUUUUUAUUUUACUCAAGAUGCAUAUUACUUUUUUAUGAGAAGUUGUAAAUAGAGUCAGUUAUUGCAGUGAUGUGUAAAACUGUGCACAAUAUUGAAAUUGUUGAAGUAUGCCAAAUAAAAAUAUUGCUGAAAUGA